AUGGAUCAGUUAAGGGACGAUCUUAUCCAGAUGAGAACUCAGGUUACUGCUCAGAUGGCUCAGUUCAUGGAAGUCAUGCAAAACAUGGCUGAUCGCCAAGAAGAACUCAGAAUCAGGAUGGACACAGUUGCUCAGGUUGUUGCGGAUCCCCCACAAAGAAAUCCUGUUGAUACUCGUGUCAAUGGUGAGCCUGUGAUCGGAGGACCUAGUGUAAUUCCUCCUGCUGCUAAUCAAGGUAAUCCCCGUGGGCCUCCCCAGCCUACUCCUGAAGGACAAACCACACAACAAAUCAGAAGGGCUGCUGCUAUCCCCGUGUUGGAAGAGGACCGACAUGAGGACUUGUUUCCUGAAAGUGAAUGGGGAUUUCCACAUGAUGCUGGAAGGAUGUUUAAAGGUCUGGAAGAGAGGAUGAGGGCAAUGGAAGGCCAAGGACUUGGUAUGGAUAUCAGUGAUUUGGGUUUGGUUCCUGGCGUCCGUGUGCCACCGAAAUUCAAAGUACCUAAUUUUGAGAAAUACAAGGGGAAUACUUGCCCUAAGACACAUGUCCGAGCUUACUAUCGCAAAAUGCAUGUAUACUCUGAGGACGAAGGACUGUUGAUGCAUUUUUUCCAAGAUAGCCUGACUGGGGCCUCCUUGGAAUGGUAUAUGAGGUUGGAGAGAACUCACAUCCGAAGUUGGAGGGACCUAGUUGAGGCCUUCGUGAAGCAGUAUCAGUAUAAUGUUGACAUGGCCCCGAAUCGCACUCAGUUACAGAAUCUAGCCCAGAAAGCUAAUGAGUCUUUCAAAGAAUAUGCGCAGAAAUGGCGCGAGUUGGCAGCUAGAGUCCAGCCACCUAUGUUGGAAAGAGAGAUGAUGGACCUAUUCACCAACACUCUGGAGGGCCAAUAUUACUCCGCCUGCUCUGCAUCCUCGAGUUUCGCUGAGUUGGUUAUGAUUGGUGAACGAAUUGAAAGUGGGAUUAAGGCUGGUAGAAUACAGAAUCCAACUAGUUCCUCUUCUAGGGCUGGUGGAAAGAAGCCAUACAAUGGGUUUGCCAAGAAGAGGGAAGGUGAGACUAGUGCUGCUUACUAUGGCAGGGGCAGAAAUCAGGCUCAUCAACAAGUAGCCGCUGUGACUAUACCAAAUGCUCCCUUCCAACAUCAACAACAAGGGUAUCCGCCACGUCAGUAUCAACAACGACCGAAAAUGCCAGAAAAGGUUUUCGAUCCGAUCCCAAUGACAUAUGCUCAAGUACUGCCAUAUCUCCUCGAUUUGAAGUUAGUACAAUUGAGGACUCUAGCCACUCCUGCAAAGUUGCCUCCUAAUUGGGAUGCUAAUGCGAGAUGUGAAUUCCACUCUGGGGCACCUGGGCACAAUAUUGAAAAUUGUAAGGCAUUGAAAAAUCUGGUUCAAAAUCUUCUCAACUCUAAGGCCAUUGAGUUUACUCCUACUCAAGGACCUAAUGUUGUUCAAAAUCACAUGCCUCCCCAUGGAACUCAUGCUGCAAAUGCCAUCGAGGUUGUUGAAGACGCUUGCUUGAUCAAGGAUGUGAUUGAAUUGGGUUCAUUGUUGCCAUUAUUGAAGUCCGAAUUAUUGAGGAUAGGUCUAUACUCUGGUUGUGGAGAAUUCUGUACUGAUUGCAUGACCAUGUCCACAGUUUGUGAUAAGGUGAAAGGUGAGAUUCAACAGUUGAUGGAUAGUGGGUAUCUACAGUUUGAGCAUGUGCGACGUCCUGAAAGGGUUGAAAAUGCAGUUAAUGUGGUAUCCAUCCCGUAUACUCCUGCUAAGAUUCCAGUUCCUGCCAGAGCGCCGCCCUUGGUCAUUACGUCACCUGGUCCCGUUCCGUAUACUAGUGAAAAAGCAAUCCCAUGGAAUUAUGGCGGAGAAGUUUUCUACCAAGGGGCCAAGUAUGAGAUUAAAAUGCCGGUUGAGAAAGAAGAUGUGGAUAAUGUUGUUGGCAUUGGAAGGAUGACAAGAAGUGGUCGUAUUUUCAAUCCUCCCCAGAAUACUCGCGAUGACAAUGCAGAAGCUCUAGCUCAAGCAAAAGGGAAAAAAGUGGUAGAAGAUACAGUGGAUCAGGGGCAAAGCUCUAACUCUGAGGAAACUGUGGCCAAAGAGAUGGAAGAAUUCCUAAAGAUCAUCAAGAAGAGUGAAUAUAAAGUGUUGCUCUUGUGUUCGGAGAUACAUCGAAAUGCUUUAUUGAGGCUUCUAAGUACUGCCUUUGUCCCUCCAGAAAUCUCAGUGAAUCAACUUGAAGGAGUGGUGUCAAACAUCAAUGCUGGUAAUGGAUUGGGAUUUACCGAUGCUGAUCUGCCUCCCGAAGGUAAAAACCACAAUAGAGCUUUACAUAUAUCGGUGGAGUGUAAAGGGACUAUGUUAUCACGUGUUCUCGUGGAUAAUGGAUCUUCUUUGAAUGUGUUGCCGAAGUCGUCCUUGAUGAGGCUAGAUUAUUCUGGUGUCGAGAUAAGGCCGAGUGAAUUGACAGUGAGAGCCUUUGAUGGGUCGAAGAGAUCAGUGUUUGGGGAGGUUGACUUGCCAAUAAUGAUAGGCCCUCAGCUUUUCACUAUUACUUUCUUUGUGAUGGAUAUCCACCCGUCUUACAGUUGUCUCCUGGGACGUCCAUGGAUCCAUGCCGCUGGGGCCGUGACUUCCACAUUGCAUCAGAAACUCAAAUUCGCUACUCAAGGAAAGAUAGUCACAAUAUGUGGGGAGGAAGAACACGUGGUAAGCCAUCUUGCGUCCUUCAGGUAUAUUGAUGUGGAAGGAGAGGUCCACGAGACGCCUUGCCAAGCCUUUGAGGCUGUCCAGACUAUCAAGAUCCCUUAUGCUGAUAAUAAGAAGUUGGAGGCUCCCAUGUCUUCACUAAAGGAAGCUAAAGCUGUGGUUGAAUCCGGUCAUCCUGAAGGAUGGGGCCGAGUCUUGGAUCUACCAAUCAAGCAGGAUAAAUGUGGGAUUGGAUAUCAGUUGGGUCAGAGUUCAUCUAAUGAGGCCUCCAAGAAGUUCGGAACCUUCGUUCCGAUCAAGUUCUCUAGUGCUGGCAUCGUCAAGGAUCAUAUUUGUGCUGCUGAUGAUGAUAUGGAUAGCGAUUAUGACAUUGAAGAAUGGAUCAAGCCGUGUGUCCCAGGACAGAAGCUUCUCAACUGGUCGUCCGAGGACAUCAUCUCAAUUGCUUCUGAUCAAGAGUAA